UUAUUUAGAUUCUUAUAUGAGCAUGUUAUUUAUGUAAUUGUAUUGUUCUUUUCAGCUGUUGCUAGUGUAUCUGCUAACCUUAAUUCGGUACCGGUCCUUAAUGGUAAUAACUUUAAGGACUGGAAGGAGAACAUUUUUACUGUUCUUGGCUACAUGGAUCUUGACCUUGCAUUAAGGAUGGAUCGUCCUGCUCCUCUUAUGGAUACCAGUACCUCCGAGCAAAGGAGGAUAUUUGAGAAGUGGGAUCGUUCAAACAACAUGAGUCUUAUGAUCAUUAAGCGCGACAUACCUGAGGCUUUUAGGGGUGCGGUGUCCGAGGAGGUCACCGAUGCCACAACUUUCCUUGCUGAAAUUGAGAAACGCUUUGCAAAAAGCGAUAAGGCAGAAACAAGUACUCUUUUAAAGAAACUUAUUUCCAUGAAGUUUAAGGGCAAGGAAAAUAUAAGGGAGUACAUUAUGGAAAUGUCUCACCUUGCUUCAAAGUUGAAGGCACUAAAGCUUGAGCUUUCGGAUGACUUGCUUGUGCAUUUAGUGCUUAUCUCUCUUCCUCCACAAUUCAGUCAAUUCAAGGUCAGUUACAACUGCCAAAGGGAGAAAUGGACUCUUAAUGAGCUCAUUUCAUUUCGUGUUCAAGAGGAAGAAAGAUUGAAGCAAGAAAAGACUGAAAGUGCUCAUUUGGAAAGCACCUCUAAGGAUAAGGGCAAGAAAAGAAAGAAUGAGGCUGCUAAGGAUAAAGGUCCUGCACAUAAGAAACAAACUCAAGCCAAUAAUGAUGAUGCUUGUUUCUUUUGUAACAUGAAAGGACACAUGAAGAAGGAAUGUGCUAAGUACAUUGCAUGGCGAGCAAAGAAAGGGUUGCCUGAGUUACCGAAAGCCAAAUGAUGCUGAAAGAAGCAUUUAUGUGGGAGAUGGCAAGUCGGUAAAUGUGGAAGCAAUAGGGCAUUUUAGGUUGUUGUUAAGUAUUGGUUACUAUUUG